AUGGCCUUCGCUGAUGGAAAGUACACCCUUCAGACCUAUUACAGAUUCAAGCAAGAGGACGAAGACGAGGCUGCGAAGCAUGGAUUGGAGACUAUAUGGGGGAAAACUGCAAGGCUAAAUUGGGAAGAGGCUGAGAUGUGGAUCUUGGCUGAAAGAUUGGUCGAGGAGGAAGAGGCUGAGAAUGCUAGGCUUCUGAGACGUUCUGGUGCUGGAGGUCUAGAAGUUGGUGAAGGUGGCAGUGGGUUGAAAAGCAGGGAGAGUGGAGAGAGCGAGGAGAGUGUGAAUAAUGAGGUCAGUAAUGUUGGAAUUAUGGUCGAGAGAUGGGUCAUUUGA